AUGCACGGAACGGGAUACAAUCGAGCGCCUCGGACUGAGAUUGUGUGCGUCAUCGACUCUGCUCUGAGACUGCACGCAGAACUUCAGAAGGACGCUGGGACUGGAGAGCUCGCCUAUUUAAAGCCUCCCAGACCAGCCGCUUCGUUCUUCCCACUCAUCCCACCUCAUUCACUGUCCACUAAGAAGCUGCCCUCCCCUCCAUCAUUUUUCACCCACCACAGAAGUAUAUACUCUCCCCUUCAAAAACGAAAACAGAUAUCAUCGAUCACCAUGCUCGCUCGCGCUUUCCUUUCAUUGGUUUCGUGCGUAUUAGUUGCUAAGAUGGUAGCCUCGGCCGAUCCCGAAUACAAAAAUCAACUCUGUAAGCAAGGCCAACUCGUAGGAUUCUUCGACAGUAAUGACCGCGUCACCAAGGUGCAGGACGGCAAGGCCACCGGUUCUCCCGGCGGCAGGUGUCAAUGCGCCGCUAUGGGAUUUAGCUGUUCUACGCAACCCCCCAUUGAUAUGCCCGGUGUCACUUGCAUCGACAUGAAAAGCCACUGUUGA